UGGACGAGAGAACAAAAGUCUUCAAAACACCAUCUUUAGCACUCAAGUUGGGUCACAACCUCAACAAAGUGGCCAGUAUUCUUGAAUGUGAGGCUAUGAUCUCAGGCGAUGAGAAUACCAUUCAGAAUGUGCGAGUUUUCAAACAGAUCUGUGAGACCAGAUGGAGCGAGUGUGUCUCUUCCCAUGCCCUUAGGACUUUGAAUGAGGCUAAAUGGAAUGCUCCUCAGCUUAUUCCCUUUGCUGAUGAUGUCAGAAAAAUGCAUCAGUAUCUUGACACAAAAAGGAUUGAGUGCCAGAGAAACCUGAAGGAAGAAGCAGUAAAGAAGAACUGGGCUGAACUUGCCAAGAUCACACUGUGUGAGGUGAUAAUAUUCAACCGGAGAAGAGAGGGAGAAGUAUCCAAGAUGCCUCAGAAUGCUUUUACCUUGAGAGAUACUUCUGUCACCCAUCCAGAUGUGGAGCUUGCUUUGUCAGAACUUGAGAAGAAGCUGUGUAAGCACUUCCAGCGAAUUGAGAUAAAAGGCAAACGCGGCCGAAAGGUUCCCAUUCUCCUCACUCCUGAUAUGGCUUCAUCGAUGGAGUUGCUUGUACAAAAUCGUCAUCAUUGUGAUGUGUUGGAUGAAAAUCCGUACAUGUUUGGCAGACCAGACUCUCAAUCACUUCAGAGGAUCUGAUAUUAUUCGUGAGAUAGCUCAAAGCUGUGGAGCAAAACACCCAGAAGCAUUGUCCUCAACCAAACUCAGGAAGCAUAUGGCCACCAUGUCAAAGGUUCUUAACCUAAAGGACAAUGAAAUGGAUGACCUGGCUGACUUCCUAGGCCAUGACAUUAGAGUCCAUCGUCAGUUCUACAGAUUGCCUGAAGGUACAUUACAGCUUGCAAAAAUCAGUAAAGUGUUGCUGGCGCUGGAAAGAGGACAGCUCUCCAACUUCAAAGGAAGAAAUCUGGAUGAGAUCAGCAUUGAUCCACAAGAGAAAAUGUCUGUGGACAGUGGAUCAGACACUGAAGAGGAGGUUGACUCAGCUGAGAGGGAUCCUGCAACUUCAUCUUCCAGAUCACCAGAUCAAUUUGGGGUGACCAGGAGAUGCACCACUGAAGGUGGACAAAACAAAGAUCUGCCUUCAGCCAAAGAGAGAUCAAAUGACAAGGUACCGGUGGCCAUGGAAGUCUCUGGCAACUCCAACACAACUAAAGGGCCAUCACAUAGGAAGAGAGUGAAGUGGAGCCAAGAAGAAAUCCAGGCGGUGGAGAAAACGCUCAUGGACUGUAUUGACUCUGGAACGGUUCCUGGGAAAGCCCAGUGUAUGAAGUGCAUUGAAGCCUCACCAGUGGCCCUUGAGAACAGGACAUGGCAAGCGGUUAAGUUCUAUGUGAAAAAUCGCAUAGAUGCAUUAAAACGAGAGACUUUCACAAAAAGGUAAGCGUUGACCUUUUAUUAAAGUGAAUGGAAACGGGCCAUUUGUUAGUACCAUAACCACGCCAGUUCUGUUUGGAGAUUGAAAGUUUUGAAGUUUUGGGACAGCUGCAGUCAGGUUUUGUAAUAGAAGUAUGUAUACAUAUUGCAUGUUCAUGUUUAUGAAUACGUAUUGAUGAAUACAUAAAUUUUUAUUUUUUCAUUUGUUUUACAUGUUGGCUUUUAUGUAUAUUUUUUUUGCCACAAGAUUGAAAUAUUAUAAACUGUGCAAUAAAAUGGUUUGCAUAAAACCAGAAAGGAGAGUCCAGUAUUGAUGGUUGGCAGUAAACAGGUUACCAGUACUUAAAAAUAAUUUUUAACAAAAAAGAAUCAAAUAUAAUGUGGUUUAUUGACUUAUUUAUUGCUUAUAUUUGACAUCCUCAUAUAUCUCAGUGGUCCCUAAAACUUAACAGUGCCACCUGGUGGAUAAGUCAAAUGAGCAGGUCCCCAUGUGGAGCCAAAAACCUGAAAGAUUAAAAUUUUCUAAAUUUGAUUAUUUUUUAUAUUAAAGAUGAUAUUUCAUGUUCAAAAAAAUAGAAGACUAAAAUUAACCUAAAACCAAGCCUCUAGAUCGUUUAGAAAGUUGGGUCCCCACGUGUAACCACCUAGUCAGGGGCCUAAAGAGAGUCCCCACGUUUGAGGAAAAACACGUAUGUGUGUGUGUGUGUGUGUGUGUGUG